AGGUUUUUUUUAUUAGCAAAGGUUUUAUUCUCUUUUAAUAUACAUAAUAAGCCAGUGUGAAAAGGUUCGGCGACCAGCUACUUUUUUUAGGACAUAAAUUAUCAGUUGGUUGAUUACAUUCUUAAAAUAUAGCUCUCUUUUUUAAGUUUCAGUAUGCUACAAGCUAUGGAAUACUAGGUGCCUUUGCAGUUGGUCUUCAUUUGUGUAGUACUUUCUGUGCUGUAACUCGCUCAUUAGGAAUUUGAGCAGAACAAGAGCUCUUGUUUGUUUCCACAAUCUAGAAACAUACUGGCAGGUUAGAUGGCUCUUUAUGAAACUGGCCUUAAAGGAAAACUAACUGCCCGAACAAUGUAGGUAUCUAUAAAAAUAUAUUGCAUAAAACAGCUCAUAUGUGAAUCCGUGCUUCAUGUAAACGAACCAUUUUCAUCAUAAUGUACCUUUUUAGUAGUAUGUGCCAUUGGGUAAUCAUAAAUAGAAAAUUGCCAUUUUAAAAAAUAAGGGCCACCCUCUGGGAUCUUAGGAUUUCCAGUGUACACAAACAAACCAUACAUGUUAGGUCACAUGAGCCAAUUAAAAGACAGUUGUGUCUUUUGGUUCCCACACUUCUUCCUGUUACAGUUAGUGUUGUAGUAUUUCUGGUCAGGUGAUCUCAGAGGCAACACGCAGACCAUCACGAAACUGUGGUUUGAGGUUUUCAAGAAAGGCCUUUACAUUGUGAAACUUCAGAAGUUUCCUGCAACCUAAUGCCAUGAACCUUGAGGUGGCCCAUAUGGAGGAAAAGGCAGUGCACUCUUGGUCAAGAAUUUCAUCUGCAGGAAAAAGGGCUUUUGAAGAAGCCUUGAGAGUUUUCAACCCAGUGUCAAAAGACUUGACAGACACUGAGACACAGUUGGUGACCUUCCUCCAAGGCCUUCGAGAAGAAGGCUUUCAGCCAACCAUCCUGAGCAGCAAGGAUGUAUAUGGUUAUAAUUCCACAACUGCAGAUGCUCCUCCAUCUGUCUCCAAAUGUCCACCAAAGAAUGCCUCUAAAGCUCAAUCAAAAAGCACAAGCAAAACAUCAAGUACACCAGUGAAUAUCUCUGUACACUCUUCUAAAGUCACGAAAGAUUCUUCUGAAAGCUCUACAAAUCUUUUGUUGCAAUCUUUAAACCAGGAGAAGACUGAUAACUCAAAUGUGUCAUCCACAACCAAUAUGCAUCCUGGUGUUUACCCUGCAAUGAGAUUGUCUGUUGUCCUUGAAACCCUUGUACCGUUAAACGAAACUGCAUCAUCUUUGGAGUCAAAAUUUAAUCAACACUCUAUAGUUGUUGCCUCUAAGGGAAUGGUCUCCAAAUGUACAUCAGAAAUGGUAGAUGCCAAAGCCUAUCAGUGUUUGCUAAAAAAUGCAACAGAUCUGGAAAACCAUAUUGGCCCUCUAAAUGGAAAACCCCUGAAAGGACCCAAUGGCAAAGUAUUAAAAGAGAACAAUGCUAGCAAAGCCUCUGGGAUACUGAAUGGGCAAAAUGUAAUUAGUUCUUCCAAGAACUUCAAUUGUUUGGUUCAGACAAAACACAACUCUAAAGUACAGAAAGAUCUUUUUGGUAAAGCCCAACCUUUAGGUGGCCAGAACUUACACAGUGCUACCUGCAAAAAGAGAAAGUUAGCCAAUGACAUUCAGGACCAUCACUCCAGUAAAAUAAAUGACUCUGCUUCUUUGGAUAAACAAGCCACAUUUAGCAAGGAAAAACUGGAUUCACUCAGAUCUAAAGUCAUAAAAGUGGACAGAUCAUUUUCUGAUGACGAGCUAAGGAGAAGAGCCCAAAACAUUCUCCAAGUGGACCUCUCCCCUGUUAUCAGAAUCCACCCCUUGUCACUAACAAUCUCUUAAAUUCUGUCCAUUUCAUUAAAAUAAAUAUUUUUUUCCUUUUAAA